AUGCGGCAGCUAUUCACGCCGCUGCCCCACGCAUUCCCCGAAUUCCAGCAGUCCCUGCACCGCCUCUUCUGCACACGGCGCAGCUUCCACAAGCUUUCGAGAGUCCCCGUGCGUGUACAACGGCAGGAGAGAGCGCCGGCUUCACGCAAGAUCAUGGCCGAGGGGUACGAGAAGUGGUCGCAGCAGCAGUUGAUUGCGCGCAUACAAGAGCUGGAGCAGCAGGCCAAGAGCAGCGAGGGGGCAGCAACACAGGCGACGGGCGCGCCUACAACCCCUGCAGCGCCUACGCUCGACGACGAUUCCAAGCCGGCUCCCUUCUGCAAACCGCCCAAAGCGCCGCCCAAAGCGUUCGAUGCGUCCAAGUACAGCACCCGGCUCAUUGCGCUGAAGUUCGCCUACCUGGGGCAGAAGUACAAUGGCUUCGAGCACCACAACAACAACAAGACGCCGCUGCCCACCAUCGAGGAGGAGCUGUGGAAGGCGCUGAUCAAGACGCGCGUCAUCAGCCCUGCGCCGCCCGAGGGGAGCGACACCGACUACAGCAGAGUCGACAGGAAGACGUUUGCGGCGUGGGACAGAGACGGCGCAGAUGUCAACUGGGACGGCUGCGACUACUCGAAAUGCGGGCGCACAGACAGAGGCGUCAGCGCCUUUGGACAGGUCGUUGGCAUUCGAGUGCGCAGCAAUAGGCCGCUUCCCAAGACGAAGCCUGCAGAGAGCCCAGAGGACUUGGAAUUGGACGCAGGAACAAUCGGAGACUCCGCGACCGACCUCCUCGGCCCCGACAGCGGGCCAGCAACGAAGCCCUUCAACGACCUCACCGACGAACUCCCCUACAUCCAGCUCCUCAACCGUGUCCUGCCUCCCGACAUCCGCGUGUACGCCUGGUGUCCCAACCCACCCGCCGACUUCAGCGCACGCUUCUCCUGCAAAGAGCGACGCUACAAGUACUUCUUCACCAACCCGUGUUUCGCGCCCGUGCCCGGCUCAGCAGGGCUCUACCACCCCAACUCCUCUACGCCUGACGGCCAACCCAUGCGUGAAGGCUGGCUCGACGUGGCCGCCAUGCAGGACGGCUGCGAUCGACUGGUGGGGCUGCACGACUUCCGCAACUUCUGCAAAAUCGACGCCAGCAAACAACUCACAAACUUCAAGCGGCGCAUCUUCCACGCCUCGAUUGACGAGGUCUCGCUGCUAUCUAUCCCCUCGUUUCUGUCGCACGCCGCCCUGCAGUCUCCCACUGCAGCAGACCAAGCGAAGAUGUACUGCUUCACACUCCACGGCUCGGCGUUCCUAUGGCACCAGGUCCGCUCGCUCAUCAGCAUCCUGUUCCUCAUCGGCCAGCGUCUCGAGAGCCCUUCCCUCGUCACGGCCCUGCUCGACAUGGAUGCAAACCCUACACGGCCCAAGUACGAAAUGGCCAGCGACGCCCCUCUGGUGCUGUGGGACUGCAUCUUCCCGCACGCAUCCGAAGUGCAGAGCUCCGAGGAGCGCGAGACAGGGUACCAAGACCGGCUGCAGUGGGUGUACGUGGGCGACGAAGGCGGCGUGGAGUCCAAGAGCACCAAAACGCUCAAAGGCAUACCAUCCAUGGGCCGUGGCAAGUGGGGCCGGGGCGGCGUCGUCGACGACGUGUGGGAAGUGUGGCGCGGGGACAAGAUCGACGAGACGCUGUCUGGGUUGCUGCUUGACCGCAUCUCCAAUCUAGGUGAUAGCACGCUGGACCGAGAGAUGGCCAGCGAGGCCCAGAGUCAGGGGGCUACCGCAAAGGGCGGGCCGCGCGUGUUCGAUGGAGGGAAUUUCGGGAGAGCCAAGGGGAACUAUAUACCCGUGCUGCAGAGGGAGAGACAGGAGCCUGUGGAGGUGGUGAAUGAGCGGUAUGCCAAGAAAAAGGGCCUGGAUCCGAAUCGGUAUAAGAAUGUCAGUGAGGAGGAUGCUGGGGAGUGA